AUGGAAAAUGAUAAUGAUUAUCUAGAAAAUUCAUGUCGAACAGAUUCUGUAUCAAAGAAGGAGACAAAAGGACCUCAAAAUUCUAUUUUUCCUAAGACAGUAAUGUCAAAUGACCCUUAUAUUCGGUUAAAAUAUCUUCAACGACAUUUAGAAAUGUUAGAAUUGCAAGAAACAUUUAUUAAAAAUGAUCAAAAAAGUCUUAAAAGAGAACUUGUUCGUGCACAGGAAGAAGUAAAGCGAAUUCAAAGCGUACCUCUUGUUAUUGGACAGUUUUUGGAAGCUAUUGAUGAAAAUACAGCGAUUGUUGGAUCUACAACAGGAUCGAAUUAUAUUGUUCGUAUUCUCUCAACACUUGAUCGAGAACUUCUUCGUCCUUUUUCUAGUGUUGCUUUGCAUAGGCACAGUAGUGCUCUUGUUGAUAUUUUACCUCCAGAAGCAGAUAGCAGUAUUGCUAUGCUUCGUCCGGAUGAGAGGCCAGAUGUUACUUAUCAAGAUGUUGGAGGACUUGAUAUGCAAAAACAAGAAAUUAAAGAAGCAGUUGAACUUCCUUUGACCCAAGCUGAUCUUUACAAACAAAUUGGUAUUGAUCCCCCGAGGGGUGUUUUACUAUAUGGGCCUCCUGGAACUGGUAAAACUAUGCUUGUUAAGGCAGUUGCAAAUUCUACUACUGCAAGUUUUAUACGGGUCGUUGGAAGUGAAUUUGUUCAAAAAUAUCUUGGAGAAGGACCUCGAAUGGUACGUGAUGUCUUUAGACUAGCUAGAGAAAAUGCGCCUUCAAUUAUUUUCAUUGAUGAGAUUGAUGCUAUUGCCACAAAACGAUUUGAUGCACAAACUGGUGCUGAUCGUGAAGUUCAGCGUAUUCUCCUUGAAUUAUUAAAUCAGAUGGAUGGUUUUGAUCAAGGAUCUAAUGUUAAAGUUAUUAUGGCUACCAAUAGGGCAGAUACUUUGGAUCCAGCGCUACUUCGGCCUGGACGUUUGGAUAGAAAAAUUGAAUUUCCAAAAACUGAUAGACGUCAGAAACGACUUAUAUAUAACACGAUUGCCUCAAAAAUGUCCCUUUCUCCUGAAGUUGAUCUUGAUAGUUUUAUUCUUCGUCCUGAUAUAACAUCUGGUGCCCAAAUUGCUGCUGUUAUGCAAGAAGCAGGCUUGGUCGCAAUUCGUAAAAGUCGUUAUCUUGUUAUUCAUUCAGAUAUAGAAGAAGCAUAUCGAUCUCAAAUUCAAGAAGCUGAUUCUGAAAAAUUUACUUUUUAUACCUAAGUUUCAAAAAUACUUGUAUAUACAUUCAAUAUUUAUGUUUUAUAUAAUUUAAUCUUGUUUCAU